AUGGUAUAUUCCAUUGGUAAGAUGUGGUGGCUGCCAUUAUUGUGCCUCUUGCCGCUUCUUGGGGCGAAGGCUUCACUUGCGCCGGACCUGAGUGCGGAGGACUUCCAGCUGACGUUCCUCCGGGAUUUGGUCGAGCAGGUGGAGCAGCGGGCUGAGCUGAGCCUCAACGACUACCUGGUUGAGCUGGAGCGAAACCCUGGGAGUGCCAACUACUCGGUCGAGAUGAGUGCCGCCCGUGCCACGCCAAAGAUGCAGUCGAAGGUGACCCUGAUCAAGCAGUUGCUCGAUGCUCAGCCGCACCAGGACAAGGAUCUGAGGCGCACUUCCGUGCUGCGCAACUUGGUCUUCCUCAGUCGACUGAGGACCACGCUGCGGGCGGCCCAGGAUACCAGCACGCUGGAGAUCCGGCAAAUGCGACUGCACCACCUCUGCCAAAAGUUGGACCGUCCGGCGACGGGACCUCCCAGGAAUCGCCUGAUCAACGAACAGGUAGUCGGAGCGGCCUUGGAGCAGCUUAAUCUCACCAAAAGUGAGGGCAACUCCACUGCCCUGGACCUCAAUGAGUUCGGGGCACAGCUCUACGAGCGCAUCAAGGUGUCCGGGGCCGAGAUCAUCAACAACUAUCUGCAGAUAUUGCGAUCCCUCCUCCAGGACAUCAUCGAGGGCGACCAGGGGGAGCUGGCCGAGAGCAGUGGCAGGCUGGACCACAUGCUGCGGCAACUGGACGCCAUGCUGGCCACCCAGGACUUCUUCGAGAAACGUCAGCGGGUGUACGCCUAUCUGGAGCGCCACCUGACCGCCGACUACGAGCAGAUGCGGGAUUCAGUGGCUAGCGAACACCUCACGGAGCACCUGCUGGCCAAGCUGAAGGCCAAGGGUCUGGACCUCUUCGUCAUCUUCCUGUUCAGCAACUUCGAGUUCCUGGAACUGGUGCACGAGCACUGGGCCCAGCUGCUCCCCCAGACGCCCAGCCUCCUCUACGACGAGGUGUCGCGACAACUGUACGACGUGCAGCAGCUCUACGAGACCUUCAAGCUGGACACGGAGUGCGAGGACAAGUACAGGGCCUACUCGGACGCACUGCAUCGCCUGCACGACCGCACCGUGGACCAGGGCCACCGGAACCGCCACAUCUUCGAGCUGCUCAGAAACGCCGCCCAAAGCGUCGGCACGGUCACCUUCAACAUGAUCAAGGCCAAGUGCGAGGAGCUCAUUUGAGCUGCAGAGUUUGCAGAUAUCACUAUUCACACUGUGCACACAAUCUUAAUAUUAAACCUUUAGUUUAGAAAAUAUAAAAUAGAAAAAAUAAAAUGCAGAUAUCACUAUUCA